AUGACUGUCGACAUCAAACCAUACACGAUCAACGUUUCAGACUCAGAAAUUGAGCUCUUGAAAACAAAACUUGAGCAUGCAAGAUUUCCUAUUGAAGGCGAAGUCUCCGACGACUGGACCUACGGUGCUAGUCUUAGUGAUGUGAAGCGUCUCGCUGCGUAUUGGAAAGAUGGAUUCGACUGGAGAGCUCAAGAAGCCAAGUUGAACCAGUAUCCGCAAUUCACUACUGGUAUAUCUGUGGAUGGCUUUGGGGAUCUUGAUAUUCAUUUCUUGCACCAGAAGAGCAGCAAGCUCGACAGUAUUCCUCUGCUCUUUGUUCAUGGCUGGCCUGGAAGCUUUGUUGAAGUUCUAAAGAUUCUCCCUCUUUUGACUGAACCCGAAGAUGGACCUUCAUUCCACAUUGUUGCGCCUUCUUUGCCUAACCAUGUCUUCUCGGAUGGUGUAUCGAAGAGCGGUUUUGGGAUUCCUCGAUACGCUGAAACUCUACACAAACUCAUGCUCAAGCUUGGCUACAACAAAUAUGUUACUCAAGGAGGCGAUUGGGGCUACAUCAUCACACGUCUCAUCGGUUCUCAAUACCCUGAGCACUGCCUCGCAUCGCACAUGAGUAUGAUUCCAGCUGUCAGCCCCCCUAACCCCUUGAAGACCCCUUGGCAGUUCCUUCGCUUCUGGCUGUCUCCUUUCACUCCUCUGGAAAAGCAAGGCAUUGAGCAAAUGAAGCAUUUCUACAACGAAGGUCUUGCUUACAACCUGAUAAUGAGCAGCAAGCCCUCUACAAUAGGGCUUGGUCUUGCUGACUCACCUGUGGCCUUGCUCUCAUGGACUUAUGAGAAGCUCCAUGACUGGACUGAUGACUACAAGUGGACGGACGAUGAGAUUCUGACAUGGGUUUCCCUCUAUCAGUUUUCCAAAGCAGGACCGGCCGCAAGCUGCAGGAUCUACUAUGAGAGUAGACAUGCGGAUCAGGAUUUGACAAAAAAGAUCAAUGACUGGGUCCCUAACGUCCCACUUGGGCUUUCGUACUUCCCAAAGGACAUUGUCUUUGUCCCGAGGACGUGGGGAAGAACUUUGGGACCCAUCGCGUUUGAGAGAAUUCAUACUAGUGGUGGACAUUUUGCUUCAAUUGAGAGACCUGAAGAGCUUGCGGAGGACUUGAGAGAGAUGUUUAGUGAGAGUGGACUGGGCAAGCAGGUCGUUGAGAAGCUCCGAUAA